CGCCCCCUCCAGCCCGGCCGGAGAAGCUGCGACCUGUGGCCCCUGACAGGUGUCGAUGGCAGCGUCUGCGGACAGAGGAGGAGUCCGGGGGGCCGCUUUCCCUCCGAGCCCGGUGGUGGUGGCGGCGGCAGACCACGCGGUGGUGUCCGGGUCCGGUGCUGCCCUGGAGCCGGUGCCGAUGAACCUGUUUGCCAGCUGGGAGAUCGACCGGUCCUCUCCGAGCUGCGUGCCCAGGUUGUGCAAUCUGACUCUGAAGAGGCUCUUGGUUCUGAGGAAGUUGGACCGAGAGCUCAGCUCCGUCGUCAUCGCUGUGAAGAUCCAGGGCUCGAAACGAACUCUGAGAUCUAACGAGUAUCUUCUUCCUCCGGACGGCGUCAUGGUAACAGACCUGGAACUCACCUUCUCACUGCAGUAUCCUCACUUCCUGAAGCGAGAUUCAAACCGUCUGCACGUGCUGCUGCAGAGAAGGAAGCAAUACAAGAACCGAACCAUCCUGGGCUACAAAACCCUCGCGGUGGGCGUCAUCAACAUGGCCGAGGUGAUGCAGCAUCCGACAGACGGAGCUCACAUCCUCGGUCUCCAUAGCAACCUGAAGGAUGCUUCUGUGCGUGCAGCGGAGUUGAGCGUCCUCUCUCUCUCCAGCCAGCCAAUCGAGCAGGAGGACACAAGUGGUCACCAUGGCAAACAGACCAAGGCCUCAGAUCGCUCUCCUGACAUGGAAAACUACUGGGAGGACGACGAUGACAGCUUCUCCUCCGAACAGGAAGGAAGUGAUGACGCACAUCCGCCUCAGGACAUAUACAAUGACGAUGAUGACGUUCAGGGAAAGAUGAAGAAGUCUUGCGGGAAAAUGAGCCGAACAACGUCCCUGACGCAGCAGCCGAACUUCAAGCAGAAGUUUGUGGCUCUGAUGAAGAGAUUCAAAGUGACGGACGAGGUUCUGGACUCGGACCCGGUGGGUCAGAGUCAGGAGACGGAGGAUGACCUGGACCUGCUGUACGACGGUCUGGACGUGUACGACCCGAGUGACAGCGGCGCCGAGCUGGACGACAACGACAGCGUCCUGAGCACGCCCAAACCCAAACUCAGGCCGUUCUUCGAGGGCGUCCCUCAGACGGAGGUCAGCAGCCUCCACCCUCAGAGAAGCCAGAGAGACAGAGCUGCAGUCGUGACGGAGCUGCUGGAGGAGCACAGAGGGGAGGAGGCCCGGCCCGGGGAAGUUGAGGAUGAUGUUGCCAUGGGAACAGAUUCAGGCCCGGCCGCAAAACUCUCUAAAACUGGGUCCCGGACACGCAUGUCACCAAGUAAGACAGGAAGUCAGGCGUCUCGCCCUCCGCGGAGCGUGUCCAUGAAGGACAGACAGAAUUCCAGAGGGACGGACAGAACCAGCAGCGUGGACAGUGAGACGUCAUGUGACCUCAGGUCACUUCCUCCUCAGGUCGUCAGGAAGUCGGUGUUGGAUCAAUUGAACCAGUUCCUGUUCUCUGACCAUCAACUUCCUGAUUCUAUCGUCCUGAUCAACACCACAGACUGGCAGGGACAGUAUCUGUCGGAGCGUCUCUACGAUCUUCCUGUCGUCUGCACCGUGUCACCAGCCGACGUCACCGCCGCCUUCAGCGCCGUCAUGUCUCGCCUUCAGAGAUUCUGUAACUGUAACUCCCAGACUCCGCCUCCCGUGAAGGUAGCGGUGGGCGGAGACCAGAGUUACCUCAGCACCGUCCUCGGCUGCUUUGUGGAGCAGCUGGCCAGCAAGACGCCUGAUUGGCUGAACUACGUCCGCUUCCUGGUCGUCCCCGUCGGAGCCCACCCACUCGCCAAGUACCUGUCGUCCCUGGACGCUAAGUUCAACAGCCUGUUCAUGGACGCCGGCUGGAGGGAGCUGUUCGCCCGAGUGGAGCCCCCCCCACUCGAUCCUGUUGAUGUAGCAGCUCGAGUGUCUCAGUAUCUUAGCGGAGCGGCGUCAUCGCACCUGUGUCCGAUCUCUGAGGCCAUGAUCACCUGCAAACACAAGAGCCCCGACGACGACUCGUGUCAGAAGUUCGUUCCGUUCAUCGCCCUGGUGAACGUCGGCGUCGUGGAGCAGAACUUCCUGUCCACCUCAGUGGACUCUGAUGACAUCAUACUGGGAUCUCCUCCCUCCCAAUCAGGAGCAGCGAUCAGCAUCACCUCCACACCUCCCCCCUCCCCCUCCACCAGCUGUCCAGGGGAGGUGAUGGGUUUGCAGGUGGACUACUGGAGCAGUCAGGGAGGAGGAGGAGGAGGAGGAGGAGGAGGGGAGCGGAGGAAGGAGGUCGGGAUGAAGAACACGCUGAAGAACAACUUCCGCUCACUGCAGGUGUCGAGGAUCAGUGGAGGAGAAAUGAUGAGCAUGACGGUGGUGACGAAAGAGAAGAACAAGAAGGUUAUGUUCCUCAGUAAGAAGAUGAAGGAGAAGGAGGCGGAGUCGAGGAGUCAGGUGAUUGAAGGAAUCAGCAGGUUGAUCUGUACGUCCAAACACCAACACACACUGAGAGUGUGUGUCUUAGUGUCUAUAGACGGAGUCGAGUGGAGCGAUGUGAAGUUCUUCCAACUCGCUGCUCAGUGGCCGACUCACGUCAAACACUUUCCUGUCGGGAUCUUCAGCUACAACAAACCCUGAGACUCAUCUUCCUCUUCCUCAUCUUCCUCCUCUGUCUCCUCUUAACAUAUAUAAUUAAAAGUUUAAUAUAAUACAGUUGUGAUGCUUUCUGGGUCCGGACCGUGUUAGGUUCAGGUACAGUCGUGAUGCGUUCAGGGUCCUGUGAAAUCACUUCUGUCAUCUUUGUCCUUUCCUUCCUCACAUGUAACUUCCUGUUCCUGUUGAAUUCAGCUUCACUGACAGUUUCUUCUGGUUUGUGGACCGACGUUGAUACGAAACUAAACACUACACUUCCCAUGAUGCUCAGCUGCUGUGACAGUCUGUGUCGCUUGUGACUGAGCUCAGAUUCAGGUGGUUUGAGUUUCGUGAUGUUUGUCAUGUCUCAGCUUCUCACUGCUGCUGAACUUUGACCCUUUAAAGACCCAGAGAGGUUUUGUACAAUAUGUAGAAACAAUAAACUAAACUGGA